CUGCCUCCAUUACUUCGCAUUACUUCUGCACGAGGACUGACAACAUCACACAAACAUGUUCAACAAGGGCUUUAUCAUCCACAGUCUACUGGCGAAGGAGAGGGAGAAAUUACAAGUCAUAAUCUUUCAAGGAUGCAACUAAAUAUCGGAGGAUGCAUGUUAUGAAAAAAUAUACGCAGAGGGCAGUUUGGUCGCGGCGGGAAAGUUCCUCUGAGUGGGUAAAAUUGUAACAAUGCCCUGUUGUUUUUUUUAAGACAAAAAAGUGGAGCCACGCCUGUUCCGUUCCAACCGUGUUUGUCUGGAAACCUGCAAACUUUCCAAAAAAGUAAAAUAAAAGUUGUAUGAAAAUAUAUUUCCAUAGAACCUAGAACCACACAAUGUUGAAGGGGUUCUAUUGUCACCCCUUUCCUAUGCAAAGAUUCCCACAUCUCUCAAUUUUUUUUUAAACGAAAGUGAUGGCUGAAGAAGCACAUGCUGAUACAUUAUGAAGUGUUAGCUGUUAAACACAACUUCUUUGUGUUUUAACCUAUGUGCUGAAGAGGCUGAUCGGUUUUUUUUUUUUUUAAGUUUUGUUUUUUCAGCAAACUCUGAGGAGAUGAGGACUAGAUGAGUUUUACAGGUGUUUUGUGGGGGUGUUGAGGGCUUAAUAUGGCAACAUAUGAUCAGGUUUAUCACAGGUAUACUAUCAGAUUUGGGAUAUCUCAUGUGACUAAAUUUUAAGGUGCCACGACUUCAUCGCAAUGUGACGACCUUCGCAAAUUGAGGAGUUCUGCACUGACAUGAGACACGAGUUGCAUGAGCUUGAGUCAGUUCUCACAUCCUGCUUGUGAAACAUUUUGUUCCAUAGUUUUGGGGCAAAGGACCAAUGGCAGACCCUAGCAUGAUGAGCCUCUUUGGGGAUGAUGGCCAUUUGUUUCCCAAUGACUUGGAGGGUCUGGGGGACUGUGGCUAUGCACCACAAACACAAGCCAACCCUAUGGCUCCACCUGUCGCUCACGACCAGACCUACGGCCAGAUGACUGCAGGCGUUCAUGUGUCCUCCCAAGCCGUUUCUGCUCAACCAAAGAUCGGACCCCCUCCUACCCACCGCUACGACCAUUUCAGCCCGUAUGAGCAGCAACAAGGUACUCACAUGGUCUCCAAUGGGCCCAUAAAUGGAAUGUCUUCCCCGCAAUCCCGCUAUCACUCCACUCCGGCAGGGUCUGUACCACCUGCUCGCCAUGCCUACCCCGUCUCACAAACCGACACCCGAGCCCAGGCCUUCACUGAUGGCAAUGGCAAUAACUGGGCUCCUCCACAAGUGUUACAAGUGUCUGACCAGGCAGGGCCUCCCUUUCAACAGCAAGCAACUCCCUCUCAGCACGCAAGCUCAGGCCCUCAAGCACAUGGAACUCAUCAGAUGGGUGCGUACAUGACUCAUGCCGACUACUCAAUGUCAGGUCAUGGUCAGUCACAGCAGCGCGUGAAUCGUUUCCCCCAGAGCUUGCCACAGGAGCCUAACCAUUUCAUGGGUCACGUCGGCGUCCAACCGAGUUCCAAUAUCGGCGGACCUCCCGGAGCGCCUUCAAUCCCACAUCCAGGCCAACAGCCUCAGAGGCACCCACAGCAGUUUCUCCAUCGGCCUGCCCUGGCCGGACUCCGCCCCGAAAACAUGCCCAAUCCCCAUGGUGCUCAAUAUCCAACGAGCCCCUCACGGCAUCCACCAUCGCAACAGGUGAUGGCUGGACGAGCCAACCCCAAUGUAGGCUUCAACAUUCACAGCCAACCAGUAACCUCAAACACUGUGAGCAUCUCAGGACAAUAUCCUCCAUACGGCCCGUAUGGGAGCAUUAAUCAGGGAAUAAGCAGUCCUUCAGGGAUGACGCCCGGUAUGAGCCUUCCGACCAGUAGCAGUUACCCCAAUCAGGGUGGAUUGCCCCAACCCCAGCAACAAAGAUACCCACCUACACAACAGGGACCAAUGCAGCAGCCUGCUCUCCAGCAAAUGAACCAAACCAAUGCCCAAACUAUGCAUCCAGGGUCAAGUUCUUCCACUGCCCAGCAGAAUAAGCAACAACAUCUUCCUCCACCUCAGGGAGCCUACGGUCCCAAUUCCUCAAUGUCACCCCUGAAGAGCUUGAGCAAAUCUUCCGAUACUCCUCCUCGACCCUCAAGCACUGGCCUCGGCUCAGACAUUGUUUCAAGUGGUUACAGUACAAAUGCAGCAGGCAGCCUGCCACUUUCUCAGAGAGUACCGGACAUGACACACCCACAGGUGUACAACUCUCUGUCUCCUAAUCGCAGACCUCAGGGUAGAACCCCGAACCAUGAGUUGCCUUCCCAGCAGGGCUCAACAACAGACCAGAGACUGCAGUCUCAGCAGCUGCAGUCCACUUCGAUGCCUUUCCAGAGCUCUCCUCCCCCCUUGCAGCAGCCUUGGGUGCCACCACAAUCACCGCAGUCAACUCCACCCAGACAGAAAGGGCCUCACAUACAGCGUUCUCCACCAGGGCAUCCUGUUGAGGUGGCCACAGCCAUUGGUCCGCCCUCUUCUGUCCAAGGGGCACCGGUGCCCUCUCAGCCAGGUGACACAUGUGACCAGCAGCAGACGGAGAGCCAUGAGCCUCAGAAGAAAAAGAGAAGGAAGAGCAAGGUGAGCAAGGGGGACGACGGUGCACCAGUUGGCGAGAAGAAGCCAGAUGCUGCAAUGGACCCAGAUGCAGCCCAGACCAAACCGACGCCGAAAAAAAAGAGCAAGAAGCCCAAGGAGCCUAAGGAGCCUAAGGAGCCUGGUGCUCCAAAAACCCCCAAAGCGCCUAAGGAGAAGGUCAAAACCACCACUCCAAAACCCAAAAGCUCAAAGAAGCCAAGCAUGAAGAAGGCAGACUCUGAUGGUGCUCAGGGCACCAAGAAAGAAGCCAAGCGGAAGAGGGAACCAUCUGCUACCUUUGAAACUACAGAGAAGACGCCACCCCCCUCUCAUGAUGACGAGGAGGAGGAGGAGGACGAUGAUGGGGUUCAGAAGCGGCGGUCAAGCAGACAAGUGAAAAGGAAGCGAUACACUGAGGAAAUUGAGUUCAAGCUCUCUGAGGAUGAAGAUGGUGACUCCACUGGUCCUAAAUCCCCCUCCCAGGCCUCUGAGCAGCAGGCGGUUCCAGAUGCGGAGGGCCCGAUUGUUGAGAAGAUCAUGGGCAUUCGUCUCACCAAGACAGGGGAGGAGUCUGAAAAAGAAGUGGAGGAGUUUUUUGUCAAAUUCAAAAAUUUCUCUUACUUGCACUGUCGUUGGGCACCAUUGGAGGAACUGGAGAAAGAUAAGAGGAUUCACCAGAAGGUGAAACGCUUUAAGGCCAAGCAGGCGCUCAGCAACUUCCUCAGUGAGAUGGAUGAUGAGCCUUUCAACCCAGAUUAUGUCGAAGUUGACAGAGUUUUAGACGUGUCUGAAUCAACGGAUGAGAAUGGAGAGACUGUGACACUGUACCUGGUGAAAUGGUGCUCGCUUCCCUACGAAGACAGCACCUGGGAACUGAAGACUGACGUUGACCCGAGCAAGAUUGAAGAUUUCGAUCGCGUGAUGACGAGGGAGCCUGACCUCACACACGUGGAGCGACCCCCUGCCAGUGACUGGGUGAAAUCAGAUGCUUCCAGGGAUUAUAAAAAUGACAACAAACUCAGGGAAUACCAGUUGGAAGGAGUCAACUGGCUUCUCUUUAACUGGUUCAACACACGUAAUUGCAUACUCGCUGAUGAAAUGGGUCUGGGAAAAACCAUCCAGUCGAUCACCUUCCUCUACGAGAUCUUCCUGAAGGGGAUCCAUGGCCCUUUCCUCGUCAUUGCACCACUCUCUACCAUACCAAACUGGGAGAGGGAGUUCCGCACGUGGACAGAGUUGAACGUUGUGGUUUACCACGGUAGUCAAGCAAGUCGCCGAACCAUCCAGACCUAUGAAAUGAACUAUAGGGAUGAACAGGGGAAGGUGAUUAAGGGGGCCUACAAGUUCCAUGCAGUCAUCACGACAUUUGAGAUGAUUCUGACUGAUUGUCCGGAGCUUCGCAAUGUGCAGUGGCGCUGUGUUGUCAUCGACGAGGCCCACCGUCUGAAAAAUCGCAACUGCAAGUUGCUCGAAGGGCUGAAACUGAUGGACAUGGAACACAAGGUCCUGCUGACGGGGACUCCCUUACAAAACACAGUUGAGGAGCUUUUCAGCCUGCUGAACUUUCUGGAGCCUGAACGCUUCCCGUCCGAGAGCACCUUCAUGCAGGAGUUUGGAGAUUUAAAAACGGAAGAGCAGGUUCAGAAGCUGCAGGGUAUCUUGAAGCCCAUGAUGCUACGGCGCCUGAAGGAGGACGUGGAAAAGAAUCUUGCUCCAAAGGAGGAGACCAUCAUCGAAGUGGAGCUUACCAAUGUGCAAAAGAAAUACUACCGGGCCAUUCUGGAGAGAAACUUUGCUUUCUUGUCCAAGAGUGGAGCUGGAGGAGCAGGAGGUGGAGGUGGAGGGAGUGUGCCUAACCUUCUGAACACCAUGAUGGAGCUCAGGAAAUGCUGUAACCACCCCUACCUCAUCAACGGUGCAGAGGAGAAGAUUUUGGAAGAAUACAGAGAAAGCCACUCCGCCGAGCAGCCAGAUGUCCAACUACAGUCCAUGAUCCACGCUGCAGGCAAACUGGUGCUAAUUGAUAAGCUCCUUCCCAAGCUGAAGGCGGGUGGGCACCGGGUCCUCAUCUUCUCCCAGAUGGUGCGCUGUCUGGAUAUCUUGGAGGAUUACCUCAUCCAGAGAAGGUACCCGUACGAGCGCAUCGAUGGACGAGUAAGAGGGAACCUUCGACAGGCAGCUAUUGAUCGCUUCUCUCGGCCAGAUUCGGACCGUUUUGUGUUUCUGCUGUGCACUCGGGCAGGAGGCCUGGGCAUCAAUUUAACCGCUGCUGACACGUGCAUCAUAUUCGACUCUGACUGGAACCCCCAGAAUGACCUUCAAGCUCAGGCAAGAUGCCACAGGAUUGGACAAAGUAAGGCAGUGAAGAUCUACCGACUCAUCACACGAAACUCUUACGAAAGGGAGAUGUUUGACAAGGCCAGUUUGAAGUUGGGAUUGGACAAGGCCGUGUUGCAGUCCAUGAGUGGCAGAGAGAACGCGGCCACUGGGGUUCAGCAACUGUCCAAGAAAGAAAUUGAAGAUCUUUUACGAAAAGGAGCAUACGGAGCACUGAUGGAUGAGGAGGAUGAGGGCUCAAAGUUUUGCGAAGAGGACAUUGACCAAAUCUUAAUGAGGCGCACCAAAACCAUUACCAUUGAAGCAGAAGGCGUGGGCUCCACGUUUGCAAAGGCCAGCUUUGUGUCUUCUGGAAACAGGACUGACAUUUCUCUGGAAGAUCCAGACUUCUGGCAAAAAUGGGCAAAAAAAGCAGAACUGGACCUGGAUGCCAUUCAUGGAAAGAACAACUUGGUAAUUGACACUCCCCGUGUGCGAAAACAAACGCGACAUUUCAGCGCGAUGAAGGACGAUGAGCUGAUGGAGUACUCCGACCUGGAGAGCGACUCUGAGGACAAACCAGCGGUCAAGCCCAGGCGAGCUCAGGACCGCACUCAAGGGUUUUCACGUAGCGAAUGUUUCAGAGUGGAGAAAAACCUACUUGUCUAUGGUUGGGGCCGCUGGAGAGACAUUCUCUCGCAUGGUCGCUUCAAGCGUCAACUGACUGAGCGGGACGUGGAGACAAUUUGUCGCGCCCUGCUGGCCUACUGUCUCCUCCACUACCGAGGUGAUGAGAACAUCAAGAGCUUCGUCUGGGAUCUGAUCACGCCCACUGAAGACGGGCAGAGUCGCACGUUCUCAAAUCACUCUGGCUUGUCCACUCCAGUGCCUCGAGGUCGGAAAGGAAAGAAGGGCAAGGUCCAGCUCACCCAGACUCUCAAACCGAUGGCAGAUUGGCUGGCCGACUGCAACCCUGAGGUGCUGCUCCAGGAAGAGAGCUACAAGAGACAUCUCAAACACCACUGCAACAAAGUGCUGCUACGCGUUCGCAUGCUGUAUUAUCUCCGUCAAGAAGUCAUCGGGGACCAUGCCGAGCGAAUCCUCAGCGGAGUAGGGGCCAGCGAGCUGGAUAUUUGGAUCCCCCAGCCCUUCACUGCAGACGUCCCUGCUGACUGGUGGAGCAGUGAGUCAGAUAAAUCCCUACUGAUUGGUGUCUUUAAGCACGGCUAUGAAAAAUAUAACUCCAUGCGAGCAGACGGCAGUCUGAGCUUUCUAGAGCACGUAGGCAUGCCAGAUCCAAAGGCCAUAGCAGCGGAGCAGAGAGGAGCAGAUCUGAUGGCAGAUGGUGGAGAGGGGGAGGACGAAGACCCAGAGUACAGGCCCCUGCGAAUGACAUUCAAGGACGAGAUGGAUGAAUUCACCAACUCCCCUCUUGAUGAAAAAGAAGAAGCUGCUGCAGUUUUGGAAAAUACAACACUAGAAAACGGCACAGCUGGGAGUCUGUUUUGGCCUCAAGCCUCCGCACUGACCGCCCGUCUUCGCCGGCUAAUCACCGCUUACCAGCGUACGUAUAAGAGGGAGAACGCCAAGCGAGAGGCUCUUGCAAAACCAGAUCGCCGCCGCCGCCAACGCUGGUCUGGCCAAGACUACUUGAUUUCCGCUGUGUCCAGGGAGGUCGGAGCGUACGCAGGCUGUCCUGAGGUUGGAGGUUUUCUUGCAGAGGGCGAUGGGUCACUGGUAACCAAAGGGUCACCCUUCUUUGUCCCUGAGGGCACAGCCAUCCCACCUGACAUGGCUGGAUCGUUCUUCAAAGAGCGAAGACAGAGAUGGACACGUCGGGAAGAAGCUGACUUCUAUCGCAUUGUCUCCACUUUUGGCGUAGUCUACGACGUCGCGCAGCAGCGAUUCGAUUGGAGCCAAUUUCGUGCCUUUGCUCGACUUGACAAGAAGACAGACGAGAGCCUGGAAAAAUACUACUUCUCCUUCGUGGCUAUGUGCAAACGUGUCUGCCGCAUGCAGGCCAAAACUGACACAGAGCUGGCUGAUCCCACCCUCAUCAUCGACCCGAUAACCGAGGAGCGGGCGUCACGCACACUCUACCGCAUCGAGCUGUUGCGUCGUAUCCGGGAGCAGGUGCUGCCCCACCCCCAGCUGGCGGAGCGCCUGCGUCUGUGCCAGGCCAGCGGCGAUCUACCCUCCUGGUGGGAAUGCGGCCGCCACGACGAGGAGCUGCUCCGCGGAGCCGCUAAGCAUGGCGUGAGCCGUACCGACUACCACAUCCUCAAUGACCCGCACUUCAGCUUCCUCUCCAAAGCUCGUGGAUGCUCAUCAUCCCACCAGAGCCCCGCUGGGGCGGUCUGCACACCAAACCAACAGAGCUCUUCUGGCCUGGCUAAAGAUGAGAAAGUUGUGAAAGUCGAGGAGGGAUGUGAAGAGGCUGUUGUGUGCACGAGUGAAAAUGUUAAAGAGGAACAAGGUACGGCGGAAGACGUGGCUGCACUCUCACCUAAGGCAGCUAAACAAGACGAUGAUGUUACACAAGAGCCAGAAAAAGGACCUGAUAAGGAUUUGAUGCAACACUCAGAGGAUGAGCAGAGUGGCCCUGCAAAACCUGAUGACAAAACACCUCCAGGUCAAUCUGCCGAAAAUGUCCCCAAAGUCCAGGAGACUGGAGACUUGGUUGUGGAAGAUCUGAGCACAGUAUGUAAGGAGGAAGAACAACCGGAGAAAGAGGAGGAGGAGGAGGAGGAGGACAAAGAGGAUAAAGUCAAAGAUGAUGACAAAUCAGAGAAAUCACCUCAGGCAGAAGUUGGGUGCAGCUCUGAUGGGAAGAAUAUGGACGAGGGGAGCAACACUUCACUUAGCACGGGACGCGAUGAGGCACGGGACGAGUUCUGUGCUGAUGAUAUGGAAGGGUGUCCACCUCAGACGCUUCCUGACCGCCCGCUCAUCUUUGCAUUCUGGCCUAAGGAUCGUAUAAUGAUCAACCGCAUGGACAACAUCUGUGAGCUCGUCCUGAAGGGCAAAUGGCCAUCCAGCCGACGCCAAUUACUUGAUUUCCCUGGCGUGUUGCCAGGUUACGCUAGCACUGUGAUGACAGACAGUCCUUUACGCAGAAGAAGCCUAGGAGAUGUGGCGAUGACCACUUUCAAGGGUAGUGGCGGCCUUUCUGCGUCUCCAGCAGUUUGUAAGGAUGAAGCACUGAGUCUGUCAGAACCUCGGCAGCGGCGGCGGCGGCGCCGCAAAGUGGAAAUGGAGGCUGAACGAUCUGCCAGACGUCGCAGUCUGAUGGAGAUGGUGGCCCAGCUGCGAGAAUCUCACGUUGCCACCACUGAUCAGAACCAGCACCGUGCUGUAGUGGACCUGACGAAAGCCUUGCAUGUCUUACCAGCCUCCUCCUCCUCCACUGGCUUAGCCUCUUCUUCUGCCUCUGAUACCCUAACGAGUCAGAGGCUACUGGGAGGGCGCCCUCGGUCAUUGGCAAAUGGCUCACUUCUGGAUGUUGACCUGCCUGUGCAACGCAGAAGGGGUCGGCGGAAAAAUGUGGAGGGCUUGGAGCUGCUCUUCCUGAAGAACAAGAGGGCUGCAGCAAGGGCUGGUGACUGCGAGCGGACUAAUACAACAGAGGACGGCAGUCCUGCGACAAAACAAGCCCAGGCAAAGAUUAAAUCUGUCGACACAGUGACUCCUGGGGAGCAGGACGAAGGAGAAGAAGGUGGUCCAAGUAGCACCAAGGACCUGAGAGCAUGGCUGAAAGACCACCCCACCUACACUAUGGACAUGUCUAGCUAUGGAGCAAAAAGUGCAGACCUACUUGUGCCACAUGGCUCCAAACCCAAGCAGAAGAGACAUCGCUGUCGUAACCCCAACAAGAUUGACAUCAACACGCUUACUGGAGACGAGAGGGUCCCAGUGGUGAACAAGCGCAAUGGGCGUAAGAUGGGAGGAGCCAUGGCCCCACCUAUGAAGGACUUGCCAAGAUGGUUGAUGGAGAAUCCAGAAUAUGCAGUCGCUCCCGACUGGUCAGAAAUUGUAAAACAAUCUGGUUUCCUCCCAGAGUCCAUGUUCGAUUGCCUCCUGACUGGUCCUGUUGUUCGUGAAGAAGGUGCUCGUCGCAGAGGCAGAAGACCUAAAUCAGAGAUGGCUAAAGCAAGUGCACCAGCUCAGGUUGCUGCUUCAGCAGCAGCAGCAGCAGCAGCAGCAGCAACAGCAGCUGGAGUGAACCCCUUGCUGAUGAACGGCCUGUUUGGGAAUAUGGACCUUACCAGCCUUCAAGGGCUCCAAAAUCUCCAAAGCCUUCAAUUGGCGGCGGCAGCUGCUGCCGCAGGCUUAAUGGGCUUUCCUCAAGCGUUGACCGGCUCUGGGGAUGCCAAGCACUCUUCCUCAGCCUCGGCCUCCAUGCUGCCACUGAUGCUUCCUGCCAUGGGGGCUCUACCCAACAUGUUUAAUCUGAGCAGUCUGUUCGGCGCCUCUGCAACAGCCCCGGCUGUGUCUCCCAGUGGGAAGAAUGUCGACGAACAGGGAGCCACAGAUGGCAAAACCCCGCCUGAAAAUCACGAUGACGAAGCCAAUGAGGGAGACGACGUAAAGGACAAUGUUGAAGACUGUGCUGAAAACAAGGACAAAGCGAAAACCAGCGUUGCGAGUGAUUCAGAGACGAUUGGAACUAAUGGAGAGGCAGCGUUGACUGCUGCUGCUGCGGCCGCUGCUAGCUUAUCCGCCAACCCGUUAGCCUUCAACCCUUUCCUACUUUCCAGCAUGGCACCUGGACUUUUUUAUCCAUCCAUGUUCCUGCCCCCAGGACUGGGAGGACUAAGUCUGCCUGGCUUCCCCACUACCUCAUUGGCCGACUUGCAGAGUGCCAUGAACGCCACCCUUAACACGGCAGCUCCCAGCGAUGACAAGCAGAUCUCUCCUGAGCUGUCCCACACGGACCAAGACGAGCCACCACCUGCCACGGCAGACACCAGCAGCGUUGUCGCGGAGGACAGUGAGUCAGAGGAGAGUCAAACUGCUGAUCAGGAGCAAGACAUUGGUGAACAGUGAGUGAGGAGAGCACAGUUGCAUAAAGUAGAAGAGCGCAGUUGCGUGAAGUAGAAGAACUCUUAAUUAAUUGCAACAAUAGUGGUAUGAUACUAUAUGGUUUCAACUUUGUAAUAUCAUACUACUAGUGUUGUAAUUGCAUCUGUAAGAGUCCUUGUACUUCAUACAACUCUAAAUCAGACUACUGCUCAGGAGCAAGACCUUGCUGGAGCAGCUGCUUAAGAUGUUAGUGAGGGUCUUGACUGGGUAUAACAUCUGGACGGAGGCGGUGCUGCUAAAGAAAGGACUAGAAACUUGGACCCUUUUUAAUUUGAGGAGUUUUGGUGUAAAAUGACUUAAAGAACAUUUUAACCAUCAAAAGGACUAGAGGUUUUCAACCUGGGGGUUGGGACCCCAUGUGCAGCCCUCCUGGAAUUCCAAUGGGGGUCGUCUGAAAUGUCUAGUGGUGGAAAAAACAAUUUUGAUGACAAAUAUUUUUUUUCAACUGAUGACUAUUAUGAGUAAAACGCCACCAUUUUGCAGGGGGGAAAUGUAUGUGGGGUCAUGAGAAAUUUGGGAUGUCAAAAUGUGUUCCCAGGCCAAAAAUGUUUGGGAACUACUGGACCUGAAACGUUGACCCUUUUUGAUUUGAAGAGUUUUGUUGCAAAAAAGUAUGUAAACACCAUUUUUAUUUUUAUUUUAAGCGUUUUAGUAUUGGAAAUGACUGAACACACUUUUUUUAAACUUAUAUAAAAUGCAUUUUGCAAUGCAAUGCCCUAUACCUAAAUGUCAUUUUGCAACAAAGCUCUUCAUUUCUCCUUAUGCUCCUUAGCCAUACAUCUUUGAAUGCCCCCAGGACAAAGCAUUCAGAAAUGGUGACUAACUUCUUGAGUUGAUUGAACAACUCACUGUAAAAACGUACUUGGGUUAUUCAAUCAUUUGAAACAAAGCCACAUCACUCUUCUGGCAGGAAGUUUAACCACUUGUGUAGUGGUAGCAUAUGAAGAGCUUUAUGGCAAAAUGACAUAUAUCCAUUUUGCAACAUUUUGCUAAAUUCACACUUGUGUAUUGGGCAUUACAUUGUAAAAUGCAUUUUACAUCGGUUUAAAAAGUGUGUUCUCAAAAUACGUGAAUGACAUGAAUUCACAUAUAGAUGAAAGGAUGUCUGAAUAGUCAUUUCCAACAAUAAAAUGCAAAAGUAAAAAGGGGUUUCAGUCAUUUUCCAACCAAACUCUUAAUACCCAAGUAAUUGACCAAACAUGCUUUUUUGGAAUAGUUCCCAAAUUGUUUACAGGCCGACUCAUGCAAAAACAUUUAAUGACAUUCUGUUUGUUUUUGUGUCUGAGAGGGUAAAAAAUGAAUUUGCUUGUUUAUAACAAUUAGCAUAGCAAAGGGAAAUGGAUGAGCACAGGGGUAUACUAUGAACAUGGUGAAGAGAUAAAUCAGCCGUAGUUCACCUACAGGAAGCGGUAAACCUGCCAAUAGAUAUUCCUGCAGGCAACAUUUAGUUUGGGCAAUUCUAUUAGAUGAUUUACCACUCUCUCAAGGUUAACUUCACCUGACUUAGUACUGAACCAGCUGCAUGGUAUACUCCCUCAGAUGUGAAAAGGGUGAAUACAUUUUGUUUCAAAUACUGUUUUCUGGUCUGAUAUCUUCCCCUUAGCACAGUUGUGCUUUCCUUGCUGACGGACAUUUCCUCUUAAUUAUUGUAGGAAGUCAUUGAUCCUGUAGUGCUAUGCUGCUUUUUAUCUGAGUUUUUUUUUUCCUCUGUAACUGUUGAUAUUAUGUAAUAUUUCUGUUCCAAAUUGUUGGCACACGUUUAAACGGCAUUAAAAAAACCCCGACUGCUGCUGAAAAUAAACGGUAAGACUUCAUUUGAUGCUGGCGUCAUAUGUAUGACAUUGAGUGUCACUGAAUGACAACCAUCAUAAAAUAUUUGACAUUUUCAUGUUUGACACGUCCAUGGCGUAAUGACACUGUACUGACAGUUGUCAUUCAGUGACAUUCGGUUAUGUUAGACAGCCGAAACUGUCGACUUCAUGACCAAAAAAAUCUCGUCCAUGAAUGUGUCAUGACACUGUUUUGAGACUCUCUGGUCAUGUCUAUAAUGCUGGCGUCAAAUUAAGUGUUACCAAACAAACUGUUGGAGCUGUGAGAUGGGGAAUGUAGUUCUCACAUAUCCUUCCUCUGUACCAGGGCUUGACAUUAGUUCACUGGCCUGUGUGGCUUGUGGUUUUUACUGUUUCUAGCCAGUCAGCCUUUCUACUAGCCACAGUUUUGUUGUCAGUAUUCUUUCUUUACCAUGAUACGUCUGUGCUCUGAAGAUGAAGUGCUAUAGGAAGAUCAAAUGCUGUGGACAUAGUGAAGAUAUUUAAGAUAAAUGGAAUAGGAGUAUGAUCUCUUAAAGGGCUAUGCCACCAUUUUGGGGCUUAAUACAGUUAAAAUCAUGUAUGCUACACGGAUCCAUUGACUUUCACUAGCUUAGCGACAUGCUCCCUCUUUUAACUUGUCUUAAAGCAAGACAACGGCUUACAUGAAAAAUAAGACACUUUACCACCUUUAUAAACCUUGGCCAACGAUUUUAACUGUAUUAAGCCCCAAAAUAGUGGCGUACCCCUUUAAACUUAGAUAUUUCCAACUGAUAUAAAGGCGCAAAAAUAACAUUAACUGUGAUCUAUCAUACCCAAAAAUAAGACCUGCCAACAUGGCUUUGGCUAGUAUCAACCUCUCAAGUCUCACUGGUCAAGUUCUACCCAUUUUUGGCGGGUUGGCAGGUGCCAAUGUCAAGCCCUGUCCUGUGCUCUUGAUUGUUCUGAGUCUCUCACACUGACGAUCCCUCCAGGGGCUGAAAGGAGACCUUGUAAACCUGUGGAGUUUAGCAAUAACAAAGGCAGCUUUUUGAAUGUUCAAUUUUUACCUUCAAUCUAUCUGGAAGUGUGUUGACAAAAACCUCACUGAUUUUUUUUUUUUUUUUGUCCAAUUCUCAUGUUUAAUGCACUGGGUUAUGUCAUAAAAUCAGGGGCGAAACUAUGGGAGGAGCGAGCAGGGCAUUUGCCCGUACUGGUGGUGUCUUGCCCUGGGACCUGUGCUCGAUUGUUCUGCCACUGAAUGGAAUCAGGUACCUUUUGUCUAUUGAAUGGACUUGUUACAUCAAACACAAAAACUGAACAGCAUUACCUCAAUGUCUAACUAAGCCUUUCAGUUUACAGACACAAAUGUUGUAAAUGUCAUUUUUCUUACCCUUUUUUGUGUGUUUAAUUUUCCUUUCAAAACAUCAUGUGUGAUCUGUAAAUGGCUGCCAACUGUAGCUAAUGAUGCUUUUAAUAAAAGUGACUUCAAAAUUCUCGUCUAGGAUACCAAA